CAAUCAGUUCACACCGUACGCUCGGCGCGAAAGGCACGGCUGGCAUGUAAUAUAGUGCGCGACACGUCACAACAGAACUCGCACGCGUGUGCGUCGCGUGAGUGAUUUUCCCAUUUCUUUUUUUUUUCUUUUUUAUGAUCCAGAAAACGCGACGGAAGAACGCGAAUAGUUCAGGAGGAAUCAAAGGAUGUCGUGGGAUUGAUUGGACGAAUCAACUGUCAGCCGGUGCGCGCCGUGGUAAAUGAAUUCACAACCGUUCUAGUGAAUUCACGUCCUAUUCCCUUCCUUAUUUCCCUUUUGUUUUCUUCGUGGUUAAAUUUUCAUUAUCAGAUACACGCUCCAAGUGAUACUUCACAUCUCACUAUCAGCACUCAUCGUAUUUCAAAAAUAUCUUCAAAAGUAUUUCGUAACAAUACCAAAGAAUACAAAAUAGUAUGCCAAAUCAAGGCAAAAUAAGUCGCAUCUUCAUAUUAUGCGUUUUCCUGACCAGUUUGACAUGGAACGUUGUGGGAAAUCCCAUUCGGUACAGGACGAAACGGGAAGCGGAAAUAGCGUCGACCAACUGGACCGCGCUAGCCGACGAAUGGCUCGCGGCGAAGACCAGGAUCGCCGAAAAGAUGGACGUCGCUCUGUUGCCGUUCAACGAGAGGUUUCGGCAACUACCACCUACGGCGGAGACCUUCGUCGUUAACGGCACGAAUCUGGAGCAAUUGGAACGGUUAAAUUACUCGCGGAUGCUGUGGGACAUGGAAACGAUCCAGCCGAGCGGGCAUUUAUCCGGAUUUGUGGACAAAGCUCUUAAGCUAUUAGACCUGCGACAGGUGAUGAUGGAGGUCGAAACCUCCGUGAUGUCUAAAGUCUCUUGCACUGCUUGCAAAGUUGGUGCCGGUUUGCUACAGCAUUACAUAAAAAAUGGCAAGAGCGAUGAAGAAAUCAUGGCUAACAUUUAUCAGUUCUGCGUGUCGCUCAACAUACAAAGUCCCCGAGUUUGUCAGGGGGUCACCAUGCUCUUUGGGGGAGAGGUGAUUUAUGUACUGAAACAGGUGAACAUGGGUCCGGCGCAGAUCUGCAGCUUCGUGAUCGGUGAUGCGUGCGACGACACGUUCAAUCCGCUGCACGAAUGGGAAGUGGCUUUCCCACCAGUCAAGAAACCGCCGAUCAAGCCACCGAUCCCGCCGCAGGAAGGCGCGCCGACGUUCAAGGUCCUGCAUAUUUCCGACACGCACUACGACCCAUACUACCAGGAGGGUGCGAACGCCGAGUGCAACGAACCGCUUUGCUGUCGGCUAACAAACGGCGCCCCGUUGACCGCCUCGGCUGCCGCCGGACGAUGGGGCGACUACAGAAAGUGCGACACGCCCAAGAGAACGAUCGACCAUAUGCUCAAGCACAUCGCCGACACACAUUCGGACAUCGAUUACAUACUAUGGACGGGAGAUCUACCUCCACAUGAUGUCUGGAAUCAGACGCGCGAAGAAAAUCUCAAAGUCUUGCGUGACACGGUUGCGCAGAUGGUGGAGAUGUUUCCCGGCAUACCGAUUUUUCCGGCUUUAGGAAAUCACGAGAGCGCGCCGGUCAACAGCUUCCCGCCACCCUUUGUGCCUGAGGAGAACAGUAUCUCAUGGUUGUACGACGCACUCGAUAAACAUUGGCGACUUUGGCUGCCAGCCGGUGUGUCCCACACUGUUCGUCGCGGUGCCUUCUAUUCGGUCCUGGUUCGACCAGGUUUCAGGAUACUCUCCGUCAAUAUGAAUUAUUGUAACAAUAAAAACUGGUGGCUAUUGAUCAACAGUACGGAUCCGGUCAGCGAGCUGCAGUGGCUCGUAUACGAGCUACAGGGCGCCGAGAUCAACGGCGAGAAGGUGCACAUAAUCGGCCACAUCCCUCCCGGACAUUCCGAUUGUCUUAAGGUGUGGUCAAGAAAUUAUUAUCACAUAAUCAACCGGUAUGAAUCAACGAUCACGGCACAAUUCUUUGGGCACACGCAUUACGAUGAGUUCCAGUUAUUCUAUGAUACAUCGGACCUUGGCAGAGCGCUUAGCAUCGCCUACGUCGGUCCUUCAGUCUCGCCAUAUUAUGAUCUCAAUCCCGGUUACAGGAUAUAUUACGUCGAUGGAGAUCAUUCAAAGACUACAAGGAUGGUCGUCGAUCACGAAAGCUGGGUCAUGAAUUUAAAGGAAGCGAACCUUUAUGAUUAUCCGAUCUGGCAUAAGUUGUACAGCGUGCGGCAAGCCUACCAAAUGGCGUCACUCUUGCCGAAGGACUGGGACUCGUUGAUCGACAAGAUGACUAACGAGCCAGCCCUAUUUGAUCUCUAUUACAAACAUUACUACAAAAACUCUCCGGUGCGACCGGCGUGCAAUGACGAGUGUCGCAAGAGAUUGCUCUGCGAUCUGCGCAGUGGAAGGAGCCACGACCGAAAGGCAUUAUGUCAAAGCUUGGAAGCGAGGAUCGACACCGAGACGAGAACAGGUUGGCGAGCCUGGAUCUACAAGGGACUCGCACUAUCAAUGUCUGUGGUCAUGGCUAUUCCCAGGUUUGCGUACAAUUUACCAAAGUACGUCCUAGGACUGGGUUAGAACAAGAGAAUGGACGCCAAGUGCAAAUAGGUGUGACUCAACUUGUGAUGUUAAAUUAUUAAAAAUACUCACGAUAAAGAGUGUCAUCGUGUUCGUAACACGACUUUUAGCGCCAUUGAUAAUUAAGAAUGCCAAAAUUGAACAUCGCGUUCAACUCGCAAUUGUUUUGUGAAAUCUAUUAUAACACACAAUUUUUUCAAUCCCGAAAGAAAUAAGAAAAUAAAUACGUUAAAAUAAA